AUGAUCGCCGUACUGGCGCUGGCCGGCAUUGUCAUCACCCUGGCGGUAGUGCCUUCCGCCGACACUCACCUGCUGAACCGCGAGUCCAGCAUCGUGCGCGGCAGCUUCCGCAAAGUGCUGAGCAACUCGCGCCUGCUGAAGCUCAACUUCGGCAUCAUGUGCCUGCAUAUCCUGCUGAUGUCGAGCUUCGUGGCGCUGCCGCUGGCGAUGGAAAAAGCCGGGCUGGCGGCCAGCGAGCACUGGAUCGUCUACCUGGUCACCAUGCUGGUAUCGUUCGCCGCCGUGGUGCCUUUCAUCAUCUAUGCCGAAAAAUAUCGCCGCAUGAAGCAGGUCUUUAUGGGCUGCGUGGCAGUGCUGUUCUGCGCCGAAGUGCUGCUGUGGCUCUCGGCGCGCACCUGUGGGGCAUCAUCGCCGGCGUGCAGCUGUUCUUCAUGGCUUCAACGUGAUGGAAGCCAUUCUGCCUUCGCUGAUCAGCAAAGAGUCACCGGCCGGCUACAAGGGCACCGCGAUGGGGGUCUACUCACCAGCCAGUUUAUCGGCGUGGCGAUCGGCGGCAGCCUCGGCGGCUGGCUGUACGGUUUGCAGGGGGCGGGCUUGGUGUUUAUCGCCGGCGCCGUGCUGGCCGCGCUCUGGUUCCUGGUCAGCAGCACCAUGAAAGAACCGCCGUAUGUCAGCAGCCUGCGCAUUACGCUGUCGGAACUGGCGGUGAAAGAUUCGGCGCUGGAAAGCCGCCUGAAGGCGCAGCCCGGCGUGGCCGAGGCGAUCGUAGUGCCGGAAGAGCGCAGCGCCUACGUCAAGGUGGAUACCAAGCAGACCAAUCGCGGUCAGCUGGAAGCGCUGGUCAAUUCGCUGUAA